AUGGAUCCUACGUCUCGUUCACCACCUAGAGAACUACAAGAUCUUUCUGCUCAUUCCGGUUAUUCACAGCAGCGUCCACCUCCCGUGAACGCACAUCAAUUACCUCAAUUACACAUGGUCCCACCUUAUCGUCCACUUCUUCCUUCCGGUUGGACUGAACAUCGUGCACCAAAUGGCAUGUUUUAUUAUUAUAACGCUGCAACAGGCCAAAGUACUUGGGAGAGACCUAUAUUGGUUCCUCCUCCUCCUCCGAUCGGUCCACCUCCUGGAACUUUGCCACAUUCAUUUCAACCGGUCCCGGGAAUGAUGUCACAGCAAAUGCAAAAUUAUAUUAUCUGGAUCUUGAGACAAAUUCCAGAUACAAAAUGGUACAUUGUUGCUACAACAGAAAGCAGAGAGUUUUAUUAUAAUUCUGAAACUAAAAAAUCGGUUUGGGAAGUUCCCGAAGAAAUUGAAGAAGCUGUCAAGAAUUUUAAAGAGCAAGAAGAAAAGGAUGCUCAAAGAUCAAAUGAAAGUACAGGAUUAAAAAGGAAGGCAAAUGAUGAGGAAGUAACUGGCAGCGAGGAAUUCAAAAGAGCGAAAGGAAGUACGGAUGGUGGUGAAAUUGAAGGAACCGAGUUAGUAUCUUGUCAUAUUUCUUAA